UUGGGAAGUGGCUUUCUCUGUCUUCAGUCUCUGUCUCUGUCUGUCUCUCGCAGCUUUCUGAGGGCGAAAAAACUAAAUGCUAAGUAAAGGCGAAGACAGAUUUAUUUGUAGGAGUAGGAGCGAUUUGGGCGUAAAGAUGAGCAUGGUUAGGACUCAGGGAAGCUUCCUCGCGAUCCGUACUCUAUCCCCUUCAUCGUCGAUGCCCCGAUGCUCUCACGGUUCUGAUUCUUCAGAUGAUGCAACUUGUGGGACGCCUACAUGGAUUGGUAAAGGCCUUACAUGUGUUUGCUUCAAGCGAAAGGGAAAUUAUGAGCGGAUCUGCAUUAACAUGACACCUCAACAGGAAGAAAGACUGAGAAGAUUGAAACACCGAAUGAAGGUCUACUUUGAUGCUUCUAGGCCAGAUCACCAGGAUGCUUUGAAAGCUCUAUGGUCUGCUACAUACCCUGGUGAGGAGCUCCAUGGCCUGAUAUCUGAUCAAUGGAAAGAAAUGGGAUGGCAGGGAAGAGAUCCAUCAACUGAUUUCAGAGGAGCUGGAUUCAUUUCUUUGGAGAAUCUGCUGUUCUUUGCAAAGACCUUUUCAUCAUCUUUUCAACGUCUAUUGAAAAAGCAAGGAGGAAAGCGAGCUGAUUGGGAAUAUCCAUUUGCCGUUGCUGGUGUAAAUAUCACUUUCAUGAUCAUGCAAAUGCUUGAUCUCGAUGCAUCAAAACCCAGGACUUUUAUCAGAGCAGUGUUCUUGCAGAUGUUGUCGGAAAAUGAGUGGGCCUUUGACUUGCUGUAUUGUGUUGCUUUCGUGGUAAUGGACAAGCAAUGGCUCGAUAGAAAUGCUACAUACAUGGAGUUCAAUGAUGUUCUAAAGUCCACUCGGACUCAACUGGAAAGGGAACUUCUUAUGGAUGAUGUCCUACGGAUAGAAGACAUGCCUUCUUAUAGUCUUCUCUGUUAAUGGUAGUCUACCUGAAAGCGAGUGCAGGAAUUCUGAGACCAGUUCAGUCCUUUCUAUCCACGGAUGACCUUAAAGUUGUAAAAUCUCUCUCUCUCUCUCUCGAUACAUCAUACAUACAAAGGUAGGUACCGAGACUUUUGUAUGUAACUGCAAUAGUUUUCACCACCAUGAUUAGCGAUAUUGUACUUAUGAUUUUGAGUGAGCUGCCACUGUUUUUUAUGAUGUAAUUAGCGACUGCUGAUCAGAAUACAAGUUGGAUACUCAGGUAACUCAGCUUUGACUGCUGAUGAAAUAUUUUAUGUUAACAUCUAAUUCAUACCCAAGCUACUCGUAUAUAUCAAAACAUGUGAGCCUUCCCUGAUCUAAAUUCUAUUCAAUUGGUUGCUUGAUUCUUUGAUUUCAUGUGAUGGAUUGGUUUACGUCCCCACGUACGUGUGAGACUUAUAUACAGUUCUCACAAAGAAAACAUGAAAAAUGUGUAGUUAGACGCACGUAACACCGGUAUUACACUUUGACUCUCUCUGUCUUUCGUCUCCGCCCUUCGAGAACAAACAAAAGGGUCCGUUGUACAGCAAAGGGUAUCCGAUCCCCACACAUUUUUAGAGGGAAUGGAGGGAAAAGUUGUUGAUCGCGUAUUAGUUCCUUCAGACCUUACUCUAAUGUAGGCAUUAUGGUACCAUCACAUGUGGCUCCUCUAUCGAAUUCUGAAGCACCCCAACAAGACUCUUGUCGGCAUCAAUGUCGGCAUCAAUGUCGGCAAUUGCCUGCUUCUGGUUGCCUGCUUCUGGGCCCAAGCAAUGACGGAGAACUUGUCCAAUAAUGGCGUUCUUGCUGUGCAGCAACUUCGAAACAAUGUCAUGGCAUCCACCCUAUUGGCUUCCACUGCUAAAGCUUAUAUCUCUCAUUCCCCUCUUGAUGACAAGUGGUAGCUCGGACAAAAAGGAAUUUCACGUGUUUGGAGACAGAAGCGAGCUUGGCUUCUCCAUAUUGGUCUGCUUCUUGGUGGCUUUCCUAUUCAAAGUGCAGUCAAUAAGUUAUUGCAGGCCUGCAAGCAGCCUUAUCAAGAUGCCCUUCAAGAAGAUGUCAUCCGAUCAGCACUAUCAGUAUCUCACAGCUGAUUGUGUAGCCAGGACCAUGAAUAGAAGCAGCUAUUUCUGGUCUUUAGUCUUGCAAGCCUUCUACUUUUCUUUCCCUUUAAUUUGUUGUUGAGGAUCCUUGGAUCUACCCCCAUGUUGCUUUCCUGCUUUGUCUUGGUUUUCAUGCUAUGUCCUGGAUGCCACAUUUGAAUCUGGGUGGGGCUGUUGCUGUUUCUGACCAUGACCGCCUCAAGGAUGAGGAACUCGGGAGGGAAACUUGAAAUUGACCACUGACGUGGUGGGUAUGUAGUAACACUUUUAA